AUGACGGGCACGCAUAGCGCCUUUGAGGCACUCGGCCCUGUCACUUGGGACCAUGUCGCACAACAAGACCUCAAGGCCUUCCUCACCGACACCUUUGGCGAAGCCCAAUGCCUCGUCGACUCCAUCCCCGCCUCUCUCUCGGCUGCCGAGCAAGAGAAAGGCAGACCGCGAUCCGCCACCAAUUCCCGCCUGCCUUCACUGCCGAACAGAACGCGCAAUUCUUCCGAUCGCGUUGAGAAGCUAAGGAAAGAAUGGAAGGAGGUCAAGGUCAACUCGAAGGAGAACCCGCUCGGUGUGCACGUCUACAAAUUGUCUGCGAAGGAUGGCAAGGGAGCCUGGUUCGCGAGACGUAGUGUCCACGAAGGUCUCACCUUUGAGAAAUGGAAGCUGGGCAUGCAAAGGGAGUUUGCUGAGAGCAUGAAGGUUCAGGGCAAGCCCGGCGACGGCAACAUCAGAGGCAUUGGAGCCGACAAGCGCGUCGUGGACCAGACUGUAGAUGGCUGUGGGAAAAUGGAAGUCUAUCAGCUUUCAGCACAGUUUCCCGGCCCUACCACCCCUCGAGACUUUGUCACCCUAUUCUUGAGCUCCGAUUCAGCCAUAGCUUCGCCAACGCAGGACGGCCAAGGCCAACCGAGGUACUUCAUGGUCGUGUCCAAGCCGUGCGUCCACUCAGAAUGUCCACAACGACAAGGCUUCAUUCGGGGCCAGUACGAGUCCGUCGAGUUCAUUCGCGAGAUCAAGGUAGAGAAACCUUUGAGGAAGGUUCGGUCCUCGGUGAACCUCUCUAAUGAGGAGGAGGCUGCGGCGGCUAACAACGUUGGCGACGACAUCGGCCAGGAGGCCGCAAUAAGGUCGGCCCAUCAAGCUGCGGUCACCGGGUCCCCCAACAAAGGCGGAGAGGGCCGACGAAGGGGCAAUACCAUCUCACAUGCAGGCACCGAAAAUAGAGAAGAAGCGGUUGAAGACUGCGAUACCAAGAUUGAGUGGGCGAUGGUAACCCGCAGUGACCCUGGUGGUAGUGUGCCACGCUUCAUGAUCGAGAGAGGGACGCCAGGCGGUAUCGCCGGCGAUGCGAACAAAUUUCUCAAAUGGGUUUCAUCUAAGAGCCUGGGAGAUUUCACCGAAUCUGGUCAUGACGAUACAAAAUUGAAGCGCGAGGCGACACACGCUGAGGCUGAAGCCGCCGAAAAGAAUGUACCAGCAGCGGAUCCGACGUCAAACGUGAUCAACGAUCCUAGCACUAAACGCCGAUCGUCAUCAGCUCAAGAGCAGGAAGAAGAGGUCGAGGCUCCCGGUGGAUUUUAUGGUAUGAUAGCCGGUGCUCUCGGUGCGGCCGCCUCGGCAGCUGCGGAAGCAGCUGCCUCGCGCUUACCAGUGGCUUUCGGCUCAGUUCUGGGCGGCGACACGGAAUCGGGUCUCUCCACUGAACUGUCCGAUGAUUCCUCAUCGAUACACAGUUUCCACAGCCUCGAAGGCGCCGAGGACGACAUUUCCUCAGCCAAACCGUCGGAUAGCGACCACCGGACGCCAUCCCCUACGAAUGGGGGCGGCACUACAGGAUCGACGCAUUCGUCCGAAUUUACUACAGCACAAUCUACAUCUUCUCCCUCACAGCACGAGAAGGACCUGCGGAAAGUCGAAAAUCGCAAACGCAAGAUGGAGGAGAAACUGCAGCGGGCACAGGAGCGGGCACGCUCCAAGCAUGGUGGGGACUCGCAGCGCGACGAGACCGCAGUACAAAAGCUACACGAGAAGCACGUGCGAGAUAUCGCAAAACAAGAAGCAAAGUACCAACGAAAUAUGCAGAAACUGGAGGCCAAGCGGGCCCACGACGAGAAGAAGGCGGAACAGCGCCGCCGCAAGCAGGCCGAGCGCGAGGAGAAGAACAAUCUCUCCAUGGAGCUCGAGAAGGCCCACGCCGAGAGGGAUCUCGCGCGUAAGCAGAUCGACAUCCUCAAGGAACAGGUCGGCGAAUUGCAGAGCCAGAAUACGAUGCUGGUUGCGAGACUGGGGCGCGAGGGCAUCAGUGUUGAUGGGGGCUUGAGUGAUGGUAGCAGUACCAAGUCGGCCUUUGGCGGUCCCAAGAGGGUUAAUACGGAGCCGGUGAACGGGGUCAAGGCGUGA